CAGAGGAAACAAAGCGAUUUGUAAAGCCCAUUUUGCCAUAGAGACUGGACUGGAUCUUGUCUGUUCUAGAAGUAUUGAACUAACCUGUACCGGUGCUGUGGUAGGAGUGGGGGUCCGGUUUUGGUCGGUCCGGAGGGGAUGGACACCUUUCUGACCUCAUUUGGACUCAUGCUUAUGUGUGUCCAGUGCUCAGCUCAGAGACUAUCUCCGACCGGGAAAAACGUCUGCUUCAGUGUCAGUGAUUAUUCUCCCAUAUGUUGUUCUGGAUGGGGCCAGAACGGUGAUGAAUGCACUGUCCCCCUCUGUGAGGGAGAAAGGGCCUGUCAGCAGGAUGAAGUGUGUGUUUACCCUGGAUUUUGUCGAUGUAAACCUGGAUUUUACGGGUACCGUUGCAAAACCCCUUGUUCUUUUGAAUUUUGGGGGCCGGAUUGUCGAGAGCUGUGUCCCUGUUACCCUCAUGGGCGCUGUGACCCAGUCACUGGUGAGUGCUCGUGCCUGUCUAACCGCUGGGGCAACCUGUGCCAAAACAGCUGCAGAUGUUCACGUCAUGGGAAAUGUGACCCUGUCUAUGGCAACUGCACCUGUGAGGAGGGCUACUGGACGUCCACCUGCUCCAAAACCUGUCAGUGCCACCUUGCCACAUCCACUUGUGACCAAGACACAGGACGCUGUCUGUGUGACAAAGGCCACUGGGGCCCAAAGUGCAGUCUGCGAUGCAAUUGCUAUAUGUCCCCUUGCCAGCAGCGCACAGGGGCCUGUCAGUGCCUGCAUGGCUGGUGGGGUCCAUCCUGUGACCGCCGUUGCAUUUGUAAUCUCAGCCAUGCCAACUGUGACGUGCAAACUGGCACCUGUCUGUGCAACCCAGGUUACAAAGAGCCCUUCUGCAAUGAGCCUUGUGACAGCGGAAAGUAUGGCAGAGGCUGUAAGAAGAGCUGUGGACACUGUGAGAGAGGCAGGUCUUGCUCUAAAGAGGAUGGCCUGUGUGAUGCCUGUGCACCAGGUUGGAAUGGCACUCGCUGUGACCAGCAUUGUCCUGCAGGUUAUUACGGUCAUCGAUGCCGAGAGGUUUGUCCGCAUUGCAGAAACAUGGACCCAUGUGACCCGGAAACUGGAGCAUGCUUACACUGUGAUCCUGGAAGGACUGGACCUAGAUGUGACAUUCCCUGCACAGAUGGUAGAUACGGAGAUGCUUGUGCCUUCCUGUGUAAAACCUGCCAUCACGGCCACUGUGACCAUGUGACAGGAAGUUGCAUUUGUCUUCCUGGCUUCCAGGGUGAGAGCUGUAACAGCACAUGUCCUCCUAACCUGUAUGGCAUCAACUGCUCCUCCACAUGUGACUGUGGGAAUGAUGCCUGCCAUCCAGCCACAGGAGCUUGUCCAAACAGUAGCAGGGCAGGUCUCUUAGCAGGGCUUUUGAUUCCCUUGUGCAUUUUAAUACUGGCCUUGUUGUUCUGCUGCUGCUGUUGUGGGCGGCCUGUUGAAGGAAAGGAAGGAGUUGCGGUUGGAGAUGGCAGCCCUGCGGUCCGCAUGAAGCAUCAUGUUUAUACAGUGCUGGCAAACAUGGGUUCAGCAAUGCCAUGUAUUACUCUUUGGUCAUCUGGUUUACCCAGGGUUACAGUCUCUCAUCAUGAUCCUGAGCUCACAUUUAACCACAGCUUCAUUGAGCAGCCAUCGUCUGGCUGGGUGACUGAUUCAUUUGAAACUGAUGAUGAAGGAGAGGCCGUCUACUGUGAACCGCCCAGGGAAGAUGUUCUUACUGUGGCCGGUGGAGAGCUUCAGGAGCUGAACUCUAAGUGUAACUUCUUCCCUGACCCAUCAACCUUCAGCAGUGAGGACAUGUCACAAGAUUUUGGUAUCCCUCGUACCUCUAGCAUUGCCAAAUCCAAACGUCCUUCGGUCUCUUUUGCAGAGGGCACAAAGUUCAAUCCCAAAGAGCGCCGUAGCUCGACCCAAGAUCUGCCGGGAGCUAGCCGGAAACCCAAGGCCUGGGGUGUGCUGAUGAUCUCAGCCCUGCAAGGAGGACAAGGAAACCACAGUGAAACAGAAACAGAAAAAGAAGACAAAAACAACGAGGAGAACAUCUCCUCUGAGGAGCAAGCAGCUGCAUCUGAAACAUCACAAAAUCAUUCGGAAAGAUAUAGUUCUGGCCCUCUAAGGACUCACCUCACUGUGCCCAGUGGGAGACGCCGUACACUUUCCAAUACCAGGAAGAACGCCCAGCCGUCCGAUAGCGGCCAGGAUGCAGAUUCAGAGAAGUUAACAACUGUAUAUGUGACUGUGGGUAAGACCCAAAAGAUGGCCAAGCAGGAGCCUCCCUCAGAAGGGCCCGUUCAGGCGAUGCUGCGCAGACUGGGCAGCCUACAGAGACAAAGAGAGGAGGCCCAGCCCAAAGGAAGGGGGCAGGCGAUCGCCAAGCCACCGCGGAGGAAACUGGGAGCGCGGGCCAGUGCGUGGGAGCAGGCUACUGGGUCAAACCAAUCAGAGGUGGUCAUGAGGAAACCUAGUCGCAGGAAACACAACUCACUCAGCUCUCCCUGCACAGUGGGGGCAACAGACAUUCCUCAGGAGAACAGCACACCCAAGAGGCCACUGUCCUCCAUUUUAAAAAGCGUUCCGGAGAGUGAUAUGCUCCAUAGUUUGGAGGUGGAGCAAGACAGUGAAGUAGCUUGUGAGACGGACACUCUGACAGACCACACUUAUGAGACUGUGGCUCCAUCUGAUAGGGUCUCUACAUCUUCAGAGAUUAUUAUUAAUGAGACAGUUGUGGACCAAGCAGAAAAUGAGCCAAAUUAUGAGAAUGUUUAUGUAAAGCACUCAUAAUAUUCCUGAAUCUUAAAGACGAUAUUUCCCUUCACGUAAGUACUGUAUGUAAGUUUUGCAUAAACUGCAUAAACAUAUCUACAUAGAAACUUGUUUGUUUGUUUGUAAAUUCCAUAUUAUAAUUUCUAUUAAAGGGGACAUUGGAUGCCCAUUUUCCACAAGUUGAUAUGAUUCUUUAGAGUCUUCAUAAAAUGCCUAUGAAAUAGUCAACGGUCAUGUAAAACAACCCCUAUUUUACCUAGUCAAAAAGAGCUCUGUUCACAGCAGUUUCGGUGCAUGUAUCUUUAAAUGAUAAUGAGCUACUGCUCACUCCACCACCUCUCUUCCAUUCUGCUUCCUCGGCUCUCAUAUCAGGAGUAAAGGAAGACUCUUCUGUUCACUUUUACAUCCAACUAUAUGACAGCUGCAUUGCUUACGAGACGUUGUCGCUACAGCUGCUUGAGCGUGGAGAAAAUGGAGGACGGUGUACAACUGGCUGAGGAUGGAAAUAUGCUAAUAUGGGACAGUCCAUCAGUGCUCGUGGGUGGGGACUGAGCAGUAUGAAAUCAUACAAUUUUUGCAUCUCAUGUUAAAAUGUUACUUCACAGUUUAAAGAAAUUAGCUAAUUUUUAAAUGUUAUUUUUAAAGCAUUUCAUCAAGAUAUUGCCCUCAUAACCCCUUAAGUAACUGAUGUAACUAUGUCUACCUAUACUGACAUUCAAAAGUUUAGGUUAAGUUAUUUAUUAUUUUUUUAAUUCAAAGAUUCUAAAAAUUCAAAAGUUUACACCCCCCUUUCAGAAUCUGCAAAAUGUUAAGUAUUUUACCAAAAUAAUGGGGGAUCAUACAAAAUGCAUGUUAUUGUUUAUUUUGUACUGACCUGAAUAAGAUAUUUCACAUAAAAGAAGUUUACAUGUAUUCCACAAGAGAAAACAAUAGUUGUAUUUAUUCGAAAGUUUAUAUCCUCUUGAUUCUUAACACUGUUUUCUUACCUAAAUGAUGAUCCACAAUUGUGUUUUUUUCUUUAUAGUUGUUCAUGAGUCCCUUGUUUGUCCUGAACAGUUAAACUGCUCUCUGUUUUUUUAGAAAAAUCCUUCAAGUCCCACAAAUUCUUUGGUUUUCCAACAUUUUUGUGUAUUUAAACCCUUUCCAACAAUGACUGUCUUUUCACACUGAGGACAACUGAGGGACUCAGGAAAAACAAUGCAUUAAGAGCCAGGGGUGAAAAUUUUUUGAAUUUGUAUAUCAGGGUAAAUUUAACUUAUUUUGUCUUCUGGGAAACAUGUAACUAUCUUCUGUAACCUCUGAAGGGCAGUACUAAAUGAAAAAAAUCGAUAUUUAGGCAAAAUAAGCAAAAUGUACACGUCUCCAUUCUGUUCAAAAGUUUUCAC